AUGACAAGUCGCUACAAACCGGAGCUCAUGAGGUUCAUGGCCUUCACGAACGGCGUGGCGUACAGCAGCGACUACGUCUUCACUAUGAGCGAGCUCCUUAACAUCACACCAGAGCACGUCUGUCGCUGGAUGAACCAGCAGGCUUACGGCGACCCAGAGCCAGAUGAAUCCAUGAAACCUAUUCACCGCCGCUCAAGCACGCUUGAGUUUGCUAAGAAAGCUAUAUCAUCUUUUAUGACGCGAAUAAAUACAACAUGGGAUCCUGUGAACAAACGCGGCAACCCAACACGCUCGGACGCUGUGAACAAGCUGAUCAAGAAGGUGAAAAAAUUUGAGGUACGUCGCGAGGGGGCAGAAUCCAAAGCUCGCCGAGCUGUGGAGUUUGCUGAGUUCUUGAACUUACUGCUUUUAGUUCGGGCUCGAUGGAAAUCGGAUGACUCAUCAUACUUGGUUAGCAGUGUGCUAACACUGCAGUGGCAUAUUUGCGCCCGGAUUGACGACAUGAUGAAGUUGCAAUUCGCAAACUUCUCACCUAACACACAAUACCCUUCCACACUACUUUUGCAAGUGCGGUGGUCAAAAAAUAUUCACGAAGAGCGAGAUGCUCCAGAGCAGAUCAUUAUUGGUAGCCUGGAUCCCAAGAUGUGUGUACUUCUCAACCUCGCUGUUCAUAUAGAGUCUACGUCAAGUGUCAUGAGCUCUGAGUUUGUGUACGGCAAUCCUAAGGACGGUGAUCGUGUAGUUCGACGAUUCUUGACUAGCAUGGUGAAGAACGACUCAUUUAAAAAGCGCAAGACAGGAAAGCUGGGGACACACAGCCUUCGCAAAGGUGCUGCAACGUACGCGACUCGGAGUGGGGUUGUUGACGUCUACAUAGACAACACCCCACCGUAUCCUGAUGCAUUGACGGUAGCAACGUUAACAGGUUCAGAGGGGCCGUGCUUUUAUAAUAUGCGGACUGGAGCUGGCCGCAUUUCGACCGUUUUUCUCGUAGAUCAGAUUGCACCUGCCGUAAAACAGCUCAUGGGAGAAUCCAUUGCAGCUACAUUGGCAUUGCCAUUAUUGUGGGCGGCGAUGGAACCAUCUGAGAACUACGAGUACGCUUUAUUACCGAAAAAGCUACAGCAGAGAAUUUUACGCGCAUUCGCUAAUAUUGCUGACACUUCAGGGCUAAAUCCUGUUGUUCGGGAGGGAAUUUUCGUCACUGGCGAUGGCUCGCAGCUAAAUCUCGUCAUAAUGGACAGCAGUGAGGGCCCUGAUCAAGAGAACAAUGCAGUUGUUACACGUUCUGGUGGUAAUGUGUCGGGUGGGGAAGGUAGUCGGCGCGAGUUCGCAGCACUGUACGCUCAAAUAGCAGCAAUUCGCCGCCAUACAACGGAUGAAGUUCAGCAAUUACGACGCGAUAUUCAGAGAGAGCUGCAAAAACUCCAGGCAAUAGUUCGACGCGUUGCCAUACAGCCUGGCGUUCGUCGAGAUGUCUCUGCCCACAUUCCUGCCGGAGAAGUUCCCCCUACAAGGCAACGUGCAGCCCAACUAUCAAAACGACCAAAGGAUCUGUACGAACUAUGGCAUGAAUAUCAAGUUGGCUGUGCAGAAUUGAAGGCAGCGAAGGACUUUACAGCAGCCGAACGUGGCGCUAACAAGUUUGCCUUCUCAAGACGAAAGGUGUUUUGGGACGUUGUGUCAAGUCUGGUUCGCUCGGGUUUCACGAGUGACACAGCAAUUGACAAAGUGUAUACGGUUUACGGUAGACAGCUCUCUGUUUCAAACGUCUUGGCGGCUCUUCGUGCUGAUCGUAGGCGCGGUAGACAUCCCAAUCUGCGUGUGUAG